CCACCAGCCACAGGCGGCCAGUGCACCCGACAACAGAGACGGUACAUAUUUUAUUUUAUUUUCAUGAAUUUUCCUGUAAGCAGCACAUGUGGGUAGUGGCGAUGGUAGGGGACAGUGCGGCCUAGACCGUGAACGUUAACUCGGGUAGCCUGCAGCAGGCCUGCCAGGCAGGCAGUGCGGGCCGUCCUGCUACAUGGAUGCUAGGGACAGAGCAGGGAAGUGGGCACCCAGGCCCACAGUGGGGAGUGCCUGCCGGCACUGGGGUCCUGACCCAGCAUCUGGCUCCGGGCCCCAUCCUUGUGGGAGACAGUCAGUGCAGUGACCGUGAGAGACCCCCGGCUCUGCCGCCCACCGACUGGGGGCUGCCGAUUCUGGGGCCUGAGCCAUGAGGUUUGCUCGUCCUUAGAUUCCCCAGCCCCGGCACAAGGCCUGGCAUGUAGUUGGUGCUUGUUUUCGUGAUCAAAAAGGAGACCUGGUUGAGCAGUCCUUCCUGCCUGCCUGCCUUGAUUGUGGAUGUGAUGGUUGGAGCUGGGGCUGCCACCUUGUGAUCAUGAGGAACAAGCCAGGAGACUCAGGGAAAGUAGCCCUGAACUGGUGACCCAGGGGCCGGCCGCUGUCUAGUGGGCUUUUGGUCAUGGGGGUGGGGCAGAGGUGAGGGAAUAGUUGAGGUGUGUAACCAAAUCCCAGUGUGACUACCAUGCUGCGAAACAGCUUUUGUUCCUUACCGCUAAAAGAGUUCCUGACCAACGCAGCUCUGCCUCAAAGGACUAGCAGAUUUGCAUCCGUAUUUAUCAAACUCAAUGUUUAGGCAAAAUAACAUUGGUGUUGAGUGUUGCGUGUCUGGGGAUGCCCGUGUCUGGCUCUGUACAGCCCCGUGGUUCCCUUAGGCAUGGAGCCCCGUCUUCCUGAGGAAAGCGGGGCCAGGGACAGGCUCUUCUUCCCCACGCCCCUGCAAAGCCCGGUGAACACGCUGCCCUGAACAACCUGAGAUCCUGGGCUGGGCAGGUAUGUCCUCACUCACCAAAGACCUUCACUACAAUCCCACUGGAUAGGAAUUUUUACCCCAUUUGACAGGUGGAGACACUGAGGCAAGGGGAUGUAAGUUACUUUCCCUAGGCCUGCUUUCUGGGAGAUGGAGGGCCAGGAUUCGGUCCGGGCGGUCUGUAGGAGGCCCUGUGCCCGGAGUGCCUCUUGUGGGGAGGCUCGUGUGGCCCCUCAAAGGUGUGGAACCUAAUCCCACAGGCAGUGACAGUCUGGGAGUGACGAGAUCCUGCUGACGGCUGGAGAUGCAGAUGGUGAAGGGAUGAGCCCAGGGCGAGCGGGCGGGGGGGUGGGCAGCUAGAACACCUUCCCCUGGCGAAAUGCUUCCAGAACUUGUCGAGACCCGUUGAGGGCAGACAGUGCUUGGAGCUGAGUCCUAUGGAGUGUGUGCGGAGCGGGGCAGCAGGGAGGGGGGCAGGAGUGCUCAUUCAUGAUUGCACAGGGAUCGAAUAUAUAAUUUCGAUUUGUCACAUUACUGAUGAUGUUCAUUUGAAUCAUUCGAUUAAGAUACUGUCUGCUCGGUGUCCCCCCUAUAAAGUGUCCUCGGUGUCCUUUGCAAUUAGUAUAUUGUAAGGGGAUACCUUGUGCGGUGUGAAUAGACAUUGUCAAACUUGGCACUUUUUUAUUCCUGUGUGUAUGGACUCCUGGGUUCCUGUGUUACCCUACACACUCUGUUGUUAUGUAUUUGGAUUUUCAAAUUGCCCGUUAUGGCCGCUGGAGCUGCUUCGGGCUGACGUCUGUGUUCCUUUGUCAUGACCCCACAACCUUGUCCUCGCUUUACGGAACAAGAGGUUUCAGGCUCAUCUUAGACCGCUUGUCCUUCUCCAGACGUGGGAGCAGCCCUGUCUCCCAGGACUCAGCUCCCUUUCAUGGAGAAUGGUAUUUAGAAUUCAAGCCCCGGUAGCCAGAGACGUCCCUGCUCCUGUGUUGUGUUAACCCAACGACACACGUACCAGCGUCCCCGCGCACACCCGGAUGUCUGUUUACUGUUAUGUCCCUCUCUGUACUGAAACCCACCAGGACAAACCAGUGCCCCUGAUUCUCACCCAGUGCCCCCGAUUCUCACCCAGCACGACUCCUCCUUUCCCUCUUUCUGUAUCCGUGAGAAACCUGAUUUCCCUUUACAGGUCACAGAAUCGCUGUAUGUAACGCCUCUCCCUUCCCCACUGGCAUCCCGCUCGGUGGGGCCGCCCUCCUCACCCUGACCCGGUGCCCACGCCCUACACUGUGCCGCCUCCGCGAGCGGACAUCCAGGGGACCUGUGUUAGACACCUUCUCACUCUGCUCCCGCUCCCACAGGGCCCGCCAGGCUCCCCUCCCAUGGCGCAUCCUCACCUCCCAGGCCCCAACACUCUGGGCCCCGCUGCCCCUCAGUGGGCACCCCCCUCACUCCCACACGCUAUUUGAACUCCGGCUCCCCGUCUCAAUCCCCUCCCAGCCCCCACCCCCUGGGUAGAGACCCUCAUCGCCUUCCCCAGCCCCCUCGCCUGCCAGCAGGGAGGCCUACCUUUGCUCCUCCCCCACCGUACCCUAAAUUAUUUAGGAAGAAAGGAAGAGAUGAGCAGAGGAAGCACACACACCACCCCCUUAAUCGCUAUGGGUGAUCAGUUCCUGAAGUCAGGCUGUCACUGGGCUCUUGUGUCCUGCUUGCUGGCCUGCACUGACCGCAGCUCCCUGAGGCCAGGGGCCAUGUCCCCUAUAUCUUCACAUGCUGGGGAGCCAGCAGAGGCCCGGCGUGACGUGAGCACCCUGCAGGCUCGCUGGAAUGCGAGUGAAUGGGUGCCCUCUGCUCUAAUCCCUGGUUUUGAAACUAUCCCGUUCUAUUCUGGGGAUAAAAGGUCAGAGGCUGAGACUGAGGCCCCCUCCACCUCACUGGAGCCAGAUGGGGAGGCAGGACCAGCUCUGAUCCCUCCCCAACCCUGGGAGAGAUUCUGAUCCAGCUGUCACAGCUCUCGGACACCAGGACCAAGGGAGAGGCCCAGAGAGGCAGAAAGACUUGCAGAGGAGCGCCAGGGAAGAUAAGGAGGCCGAGCCGCCCAGAGGGACCGGAAGGAGGGGAGCCGACUUGAGCCUGCUGCCUGGUGCGCCCUGCCCUGCCCCUCCAUGCAGUUUCCCAUGGGCCCCGCCUGCAUCUUCUUGAGGAAAGGCAUCGCUGAGAAACAGCGGGAAAGACCCCUGGGACAGGAUGAGAUCGAAGAGCUUCGGGAAGCAUUUCUUGAGUUCGACAAGGACAAAGAUGGUUUCAUCUCCUGUAAGGAUCUGGGGAAUCUCAUGAGGACGAUGGGUUACAUGCCCACCGAGAUGGAGCUGACUGAACUGGGCCAGCAAAUUCACAUGAACUUGGGUGGCCGUGUCGACUUUGAUGAUUUUGUGGAGCUGAUGACCCCCAAACUGCUGGCCGAAACGGCAGGGAUGAUUGGCGUCCAGGAGAUGAGAGAUGCCUUCAAGGAAUUUGACACCAAUGGAGACGGGGAGAUCACCCUCGGGGAGUUGCAGCAGGCCAUGCAGAGGCUUCUGGGAGAGCAGCUCACGCCCCGCGAGAUCUCGGAGGUUGUGCAGGAGGCCGACAUGAACGGAGACGGUACCGUCGACUUUGAAGAGUUUGUGAAGAUGAUGUCUCGCUGAGGAGGUUCUGGAAACCCCGUUCACUCCCCACCCGGCCAACGUGGACCAAGCUCUUGCUGAAGACCAGAUCCCACCGGGCCCUUCCAGGAGAGAGGGUGGGAGGGUGCGUGGGGACUGGCCCUACAGAGCAUGAGUUGAGGCUAGCCCGAAAGUGAUCGCUUUGCCUGGAUGGCAGGGUGGGGUGAGGGGUACCUCUCUAGAAUGAGAUUAAGAAGGAAGAGUCUACGUAUAGAAAUGAGAUUGGGGGGGCACCUGGGUGGCACAGCGGUUAAGCGUCUGCCUUCGGCUCAGGGCAUGAUCCCGGCGUUACGGGAUCGAGCCCCACAUCAGGAUCUUCCGCUAUGAGCCUGCUUCUUCCU